CUCCAACUCCAAUCCUCAAACCUCUCUCGGAACUCGGAAGACCUUAAACUGUUAAACUCGCACGACAGGACUCGGAAGAACUCAGCAAACUCCGCAAAACAACAAAAAUGGCGUCCUCGCUCAAUGCUAACCUCCACCAACCUUCUCUCAGCUUCGGGACGAACCUUUACUCCGGAUUGAAGCUGCAAUCUCCAAGUGUUCAUGGAAUUGGGCGACCCAAUGUCACUGCAGAAUUCUUCGGCCAAGUCCAUAAGAGCCUCCAUUCCGGGAUUCGCAACUCUAAACCAAUUCGAGCAGUUAAAAUGAUGCCUAUUGGUGAACCAAGAGUACCCUAUAGGACACCAGGGGAGGGAACUUGGCAAUGGGUUGAUUUGUGGAAUGCCCUCUAUAGAGAACGAGUCAUCUUCAUCGGGCAGGAAAUCGAUGAAGAAUUCAGCAACCAAAUAUUGGGAACAAUGUUGUACCUUGAUAGCGUUGAUGAGUCCAGAAGGAUGUACUUUUACAUUAAUGGACCCGGUGGAGAUCUUACUCCCAGUUUAGCUAUCUAUGACACCAUGCAGAGCUUGAAGAGUCCUGUUGGUACCCACUGUGUUGGGUUUGCAUAUAAUCUGGCUGGUUUUCUUCUGGCAGCUGGUGAAAAGAUCUUUCGUCGAGUAAACCCAAUUGUGGACAUUUCUUUGACAUUUUGGAUUCAAUUGACAUUUUUCUGUCAGGCGGAUGACAUUCGGAAUGAGGCAGAUGAGCUUCUUAGAGUCAAAGACUAUCUUUACAAGGAAUUGGCAAAGAAAACCGGACAACCUUUUGAGAAGAUUGACAAGGACUUGAGCAGAAUGAAACGCUUUGAUUCCCAGGAGGCCCUUGACUAUGGUCUCAUUGACAAGAUAAUUCGACCACCACGAGUUGAUGAGGACACACGUCCGAAGGAUGCAACAGCUGGUCUUGGUUAGUGCAGAAUAUUUAUGAUUCGUGUUUGGCUGUAGCUGUUGUCAUGACUACCGUAUGUUUAGCCAGCUCCCUUGUACCAUAGUUGUACCCUUGGGGAAAUCAGAUGCAGUUUACUUGUACAAUAAGUUAUCAGAUCCCCGAAGCAAGCUUUAUAAGUUUGAUUUUAGUUUAUUGGACAAUUUUUUGUUUGAGCAAGCAAGUAAUUGCAUGGCUGUUGAACUUAUGGUCAUAUUCAAUCAUUUGCUUUUGGUUCUUUUGGUAUCUUUUAACAUACCUUACACCAACCUAUGGCUGGAUUCAAAUUUGGGAG